AUGGGAAUUCGAGGUGCCUUCCACCUUCUGCUCAUGUGCCUGAGCCCAGCACUGUUGCCUGCUGUGCGUAUCAACGGGGAUGGCCAGGAGGUCCUGUACCUGGCAGAAGGUGAUAACGUCAGGUUAGGCUGCCCCUAUAUCCUGGACCCUGAGGACUAUGGUCCCAAUGGGCUGGACAUCGAGUGGAUGCAGGUCAACUCAGACCCCUCACAUCGGGAAAAUGUGUUCCUUAGUUAUCAGGACAAGAGGAUCAACCAUGGCAACCUCCCCCAUCUGCAGCAAAGGGUUCACUUUGCAGCCUCGGACCCCAGUCAGUAUGAUGCCUCCAUCACCCUCAUGAACCUGCAGGUAUCUGACACAGCUACCUAUGAGUGCCGGGUGAAGAAGACCACCAUGGCCUCCCGGAAGGUCAUCGUCACUGUCCAAGCUCGACCUGCAGUGCCCAUGUGCUGGGCUGAGGGCCAGAUGACACGUGGCAACGAGGUGGUGCUGAAGUGCUUUGCCAAUGGGGGCACCCCGCCCUUGUCUUACAAGUGGGCCAAGAUCAGUGGGAACACUCACCCCCACCGAGCUGGGUCCUAUCACUCCCAGCACAGCUUCCAUUCUGAGCUUUCCUACCAGGAGUCCUUUCAUGGCUCUAUGCAUCCAGAUCCAAACAGCAGUGACCUGGUGCUGAAGGACAUCUCCAAAGAGGAUAACGGGCUGUAUCAGUGCACAGUGGCCAACCAUGUGGGCUACAGUGUGUGCGUGGUGGAGGUGAAGGUCUCAGACUCGAGGCGUAUAGGCAUGAUCGUCGGCGCAGUGCUGGGUUCUCUGCUUGUACUGGCCUGCGUGAUGAUGGGCAUCUGGGGAAUCGUCUGCUGCAGCCUCAUGGGCGCUGGGGUUGGCAGCCCCCGCGGUACCUUUGGUUACGGCAACGGCGGCGGGGUCGGCGGAGGGCUCGGCGGAGGGCCCUGCGGCGGCGGCGGUGACGACUUGGCUAAUGAGAUCAGAGUGGACGCCGUGGCGCCCGGGUGCAAGGUCAGCGGGCGCGGCAGCCGCGUCACCCAACUCCUGGGGUAUCCGACGCAGAACGUCAGCCGCUCCCUGCGCCGCAAGUACGCGCCCCCGCCCUGCGGUGGCCCAGAGGAAGUGGCCCUGGCGCCCCGCACCACCGUCGCUGCCGCCGCCUGCGAAGCGGGCCCCUCCCCGGUCUACGUCAAGGUCAAGAGCGCCGAGCCCGAAUGCGCCCAGGGGCCGCUGCCUUGCCAGGACGGUCUGGUGGUGUGA